CUCGCAUCCUCCCCAGGGCACCGACGUGUCGGCGCUGCCUGGAAAGUCAGAGCUAACUUCCCGCCGGCCGGGCCGGCCAGGACAAAGUCCAGCGAGGGAGGGCAUCCGGCGGCGGGAGCAAAAGCUGGCAGGCUGACAAACAGGCAGCUUACAGGACGGACUCUCUGGCUACUGACCAUUUAGCUGUGGCAUACCCGGAUUGUGUGUGGGUGGGAAGUCGACAAUGAGCUCUGUGGCAGUUUUGACCCAGGAGAGCUUUGCUGAACACCGCAGCGGCCUGGCCCAGCAGCAAGUGAAAGUUACAGCUUUAAACUCUGAAGAAGAGAAUGAUCCUCCAACCUACAAGGAAGCCUUCCCUCCACUCCCUGAGAAAGCACCAUGCUUGGAAACUGCCCAGGAACCCACUGGUCCCUGGAGCAAAAUUCGACCAAUAAAGGCUUCUGUUAUCACUCAGGUGUUUCAUGUGCCGCUGGAGGAGAGGAAAUACAAGGACAUGAAUCAGUUCGGAGAAGGCGAGCAGGCCAAGAUCUGCCUUGACAUCAUGCAGAAGACAGGAGCUCACCUGGAGCUGUCUCUUGCAAAGGACCAGGGACUUUCCAUCAUGGUCUCUGGCAAGCUGGAAGCAGUCAUGAAGGCUCGGAAGGAAAUUGUUGCUCGACUGCAGACUCAGGCUUCAGCGACAGUUGCCAUCCCCAAGGAGCACCACCGUUUUGUCAUUGGAAAGAAUGGUGAGAAGCUGCAGGACCUGGAGCUCAAAACUGCAACCAAGAUUCAGAUCCCCCGCCCAGAUGACCCCAGCAACCAGAUCAAGAUCACUGGCACUAAAGAAGGGAUUGAAAAGGCCCGACACGAGAUCCUGCUGAUCUCUGCUGAGCAGGAUAAGCGUGCCGUGGAGCGGCUGGAUGUGGAGAAAGUGUACCAUCCCUUCAUUGCUGGCCCUUACAACAAGCUGGUGAGUGAGCUCAUGCAGGAGACAGGGACACGCAUCAACAUUCCUCCGCCCAGCGUUAACAAGACAGAGAUAGUCUUCACAGGGGAAAAGGAGCAGCUGGCCCAGGCUGUGGCUCGUGUUAAGAAGAUCUAUGAGGAGAAGAAAAAGAAGACUACUACCAUCGCUGUGGAGGUGAAGAAGUCCCAGCACAAGUAUGUCAUCGGCCCCAAGGGUAAUUCCCUGCAGGAGAUCUUGGAGAAAACUGGAGUCUCUGUUGAGAUCCCACCCACUGACAGUAGCUCGGAGACGGUGAUACUGCGAGGCGAGCCUGAAAAGCUUGGGCAAGCAUUGACUGAAGUCUAUGCAAAGGCCAACAGUUUUACCGUCUCCUCGGUCUCAGCCCCCUCUUGGCUUCAUCGUUUCAUCAUUGGAAAGAAAGGACAAAACCUGGCCAAAAUAACUCAGCAGAUGCCAAAGGUUCACAUCGAAUUCACUGAAGGAGAAGACAAAAUCACUUUGGAAGGACCUACAGAAGAUGUGAAUGUGGCUCAGGAACAGAUUGAAGUCAUGGUCAAGGAUCUGAUCAACCGGAUGGAUUAUGCAGAAAUCAAUGUUGACCACAAAUUCCACCGACACCUCAUUGGCAAGAAUGGAGCUAACAUUAACAGGAUUAAGGAUCUCUACAAGGUGUCUGUGCGCAUUCCCCCGGACAAUGAGAAGAGCAACCUGAUCAGAAUUGAAGGAGACCCACAGGGGGUCCAACAGGCCAAGAAAGAGCUGCUGGAACUUGCUUCCCGUAUGGAAAAUGAACGCACCAAGGACCUAAUCAUUGAGCAGAAAUUCCACCGGACCAUCAUUGGGCAGAAGGGAGAGCGGAUCCGGGAAAUCCGGGAGAAAUUCCCAGAGGUUAUCAUCAACUUCCCAGACCCUGCACACAAGAGUGACAUUGUCCAACUCAGAGGUCCCAAAAAUGAGGUGGAGAAGUGCACCAAGUACAUGCAAAAGAUGGUGGCAGACCUGGUUGAAAACAGCUUUUCUAUUUCUGUUCCCAUCUUCAAACAAUUCCACAAGAACAUCAUAGGGAAAGGAGGUGCCAACAUUAAGAAGAUCCGUGAAGAAAGCAACACCAAAAUAGAUCUCCCAGCUGAGAACAGCAACUCGGAGACAAUUGUUAUCACAGGCAAAAGAGCAAACUGUGAGGCUGCUCGCCACAGAAUUUUGGCUAUUCAAAAGGAGCUGGCCAACAUCACAGAGGUGGAAGUCUCUAUUCCUUCCAAACUCCACAAUUCCCUCAUUGGCGCCAAAGGCCGCUUCAUCCGCUCCAUCAUGGAGGAAUGUGGUGGAGUCCACAUCCACUUCCCUACAGAGGGCUCUGGCAGUGACACUGUGACCAUCAGGGGCCCAGCCCAGGAUGUGGAGAAAGCCAAGAAACAGCUGCUACAUCUGGCAGAGGAGAAGCAAACAAAGAGUUAUACUGUGGACCUCCGUGCAAAGCCAGAGUACCACAAAUUCCUUAUUGGUAAGGGUGGUGGCAACAUCCGUAAGGUGCGAGACAACACAGGGGCCCGCAUCAUCUUCCCCACCUCUGAGGACAAAGAUCAGGAACUGAUCACUAUCAUGGGAACAGAGGAGGCUGUCAAAGAGGCACAGAAAGAGCUGGAGGCCCUCAUCAAGAACUUGGAUAACGUGGUUGAAGACUCCAUGGUGGUUGACCCCAAGCACCACCGCCACUUUGUCAUCCGUCGAGGACAAGUUCUCCGUGAGAUUGCAGAUGAAUAUGGUGGUGUGAUGGUCAGCUUCCCGCGCUCUGGUACCCAGAGUGAUAAAGUCACCCUCAAGGGAGCCAAGGAUUGUGUGGAGGCAGCCAAGAAACGCAUCCAGGAGAUCAUCGAGGACCUGGAAGCUCAAGUGACAAUCGAAUGCACCAUUCCACAAAAGUUCCACCGCUCCAUUAUGGGCCCCAAAGGAUCCCGAAUCCAACAGAUCACCCGGGACUAUGGUGUUCAGAUCAAAUUCCCUGACAGGGAGGAAACCCCAGCCCCUGUUGUGGAGCCAGCUGUGCAGGAGAAUGGUGAGGAAAGUGGGGAAGGCAAGGAAGGGAAGGACACAGAUCCCAGCUCUCCAAAGAAGUGUGAUAUCAUCAUCAUCUCUGGCCGCAGGGAGAAGUGUGAGGCAGCAAAGGAAGCACUCCAGGCUUUGGUUCCUGUCACCAUUGAGGUGGAAGUUCCCUUUGAUCUUCACCGUUACAUCAUAGGCCAGAAAGGAAGUGGGAUCCGCAAAAUGAUGGAUGAGUUUGAAGUGAACAUCCAGGUGCCUGCUCCUGAGCUGCAGUCAGAUAUCAUCACAAUCACUGGGCUGGCUACCAACCUGGACCGUGCCAAGGUUGGGCUCCUGGAAAGAGUGAAGGAGCUGCAAGCUGAACAAGAGGAUCGGGCCCUGCGAAGCUUCAAACUGACAGUCACUGUAGAUCCCAAGUACCACCCUAAAAUCAUUGGGAGGAAGGGAGCAGUGAUCACCCAGAUACGCACAGAGCAUGAGGUCAACAUCCAGUUCCCUGACAAAGAUGAUGAAAGCCAGGCCCAAGACCAGAUCACCAUUACUGGCUAUGAGAAGAAUGCUGAGGCUGCCCGGGAUGCCAUCAUGAAGAUCGUGGGUGAGCUGGAGCAGAUGGUUUCCGAGGAUGUGACUCUGGACCAUCGUGUUCAUGCACGCAUCAUUGGUGCACGUGGAAAAGCUAUCCGCAAAAUCAUGGAUGAGUUCAAGGUGGAUAUUCGCUUUCCCCAGAGUGGAGCUCCUGACCCCAACUGUGUGACUGUGACAGGACUCCCUGAGAAUGUGGAAGAAGCUAUUGAUCACAUCCUGAACUUGGAGGAGGAGUAUCUUGCAGAUGUGGUGGACAACGAGGCAAUGCAGGUGUACAUGAAGCCCUCCUCACAUGAAGAGUCCAAGGCCCCAUCCAAGGGCUUUGUGGUGAGAGAUGCCCCCUGGGCCACCGUCAACAACGAGAAGGCCCCUGAUAUGAGCAGUUCCGAAGACUUCCCCAGCUUUGGGGCUCAAGUGGCCCCCAAGACUCUUCCCUGGGGACCCAAACGAUAAUGACCUGGAAGCAGAAACUCCUCCAGCCUGCUGACCUGACACUAACCUGCCACAAAUACUUCCUGUCCGAAAUCUGACCCAGCGGCUGGAGCACAAAUCAAUUGUCCCAAGAGGUCUCCUAAUGGUGUCUGGAGUGCUAGACCCCAUCCUGCUCCCCUCAGCUAAUCACCGUGUCUAGGACCCACCCUCAUCUCUUGAUGGAUAUUCUUUCCUCCUUUGGAACAAGACUUCCACUCAGAUUCAAACACUAAAUGUGUGUGUUUUUGUUAGAACCUUCAUAAUUGACUUCAAGUGGCUAAGAUUUGCAGCUUCCCAAGCGCUAGCAGAGCAAUCUGCUCUCGAGCAUGUCUGACUAGGCAUUCUCGCCUUCAUUAGGAGACCUCCUUUACUGUGGCUAGGAAUCUACUUCCUGUCUCAUGACCUCAGGAAAUAAAUUUCCUUGACUUUCUAAAGCCAAAACGUUUGCCCUCUUUCCUUUGUGUUUAUCCCAGGCCUUACCUUACCUUUGUAGAGUGCAAUCAACUUUUUUUUCCUUUUAACUGCCAAAAAUUCAUUUCAUGCUGAUAGCUGACUGUGGGGAGAGCUUAAAAUAUAAGGUCAGAAAUCUGCUUUUUAAAGAAACAAAACCUUCAAUAGGCUGUAGAGACAACAGAGAUGGAAGGGGCCAGAACAACGUAUGGCUACCCUGAUCAGGAAAACACCAGUGAGCGCAGUGAGCGCGUGUUCCUGCGCCGCACCAAGCACAACCCCAGCCUGCACGCUUGACCAGUCUUCCAGUGCUUGAUGACAGACCCCACUCCUUGUUCCCUCUUCCUAGCAGUGUGGGCAGGCAGGAGAGCCAGCACAUGGCAGUGUGGCUGGAUGGGACAGGUUUGGCUCGGCCAAGGUUGCUGCAGUGACUGGAUCAGGAGCAGCUGGUGGGAUGCAGAGCCUGGAGAAGCUGUAGUCCGCUGUGAGUGCUGCAGCAGCUCGGCACGAGCAGCAGUCACACCGUUCCUUUUUGCCUUCUUUCUACCUCAAACAUCAAUACGAUGGGGGCCUCUCAAUGGCCAUGGGUUAGCAGCUACUCAAGCUGUCACCUGAGCAGCCAUAGCAGAAGCAAGAGGAGCCUUGUCUCCGCACAGCUGUGAGAGCUGCUCCAGAGGGAAACAGAGCAUGGUGGUGCUGAGGCAGGCUGUGAAUCUGUAGGAGUGCAUGAGCCAGCACAGGGCUUGGCCCCAGGGCUGCGGGUGCAACUGUGCCGUAGCCCUGGGCUGCAGAGGUUGUGUGAGCCAAGCUUCUGCUCCAACAGCACUGGGGGUUGAUGAGUGUGCUGAGCCUUCCUGAGACCUCCAUCAUGUGGUAGAGGGUGAUCCACAAUCUGUACUUGGGGCUGCUUGCACCUGGGCCCUGCCACAGCUUGCUCAAAGGGUGUUGUGUCUGAGCUCCUCCAGCAAGUGAGAGGAAAAUCACAUCUUUGUGAAGGGAGGCAUGUAGCAUGGGGUUUUUGUAUGCCCCUGCAUCGGUCCUACAGAGCUUGUAGUCUGAGCCAUUCCUCUGUCCCAGCUGCUUCAGUUCUUGGACGAGCAGGAGUCCCUAGCCUCUCUUCUCUAGUGCUACUGACAGAGCACAACAGGCAGGCUGAGCCCAGCCACCUUGCCUUUCCCUCCGUGGGACAGGCUGAACAUGCUGAUGCUUUUCCUUCCUGCUCCAGCUCUUCUUGGCAGAGACUGCUAUGCAGAAGUCAAACCAAACCUCACAGUGCUCUCCUUUAGUCUGAGAAUGGAGUGAAACAGACCGUGGCCCAUUGUGGGGUGCCUGGUUGCCCCUGAAAGACAGGGUGGCCUUGCCUCCAGCACGGGAGAAAGAAUUAGGGAGGUACCUUCCCAUCUGCGACUGUCAGGAAAUGGUUAAUACCCUGUAGUUUAGAUCUGCCCUGCAUCACCAAGCCUAUCACCCCCUCCUCUUUAUGCCCCCGUGCCCUCUCCAGUUCCACAGCAAGGCUUGAGUUACAUCCAGGGCAUCCACUGCCUUGGGCUUAUGCCCCACAGCCCAACCUUCCACUCUAAAGAAGGUCACAAAGUGAUUGUACCUAGUACUGUCCCCCCACCACCCUCCUUCUGCAGCAGACUGUGGCAUGUGUCCAUUUCUUCUCUUUGACGUCUUCCAUAUUGUAUGUUUCCAUAGCAAUGAUCCCUUGGCCUUAACUUUGGAAUUUGGAGACUAUAUGCAAACAUGUAAAAAGGCUCCUGAGUAUGGAUGACACUGGAAUUUUAUAAAUUCUAAAAUAAAACCUGAAACAGC